GCUGUUCUGCUUGUUCAAAAUGGCGGCUCGUGAACAGAUCUCGUUCAGAUCAAAGCCUUCUUCUACCCUCACCUGAGCUCAGAAUUUUAUAUAUUUCGUAAAGAGAAAUACUUGAAAUGGAGCUUAAGGCAUUUGUGGAGAAAUGUAAAGAUGAAGGACAUUUCAUAGAGAUUUUUAACAGUGGAAAUCACGACAGACUCUGUUGGAAUGGCGGUGCGAAAGAAGAAGACUUGGCAAUUUCUUUGUCCCAUCACUAUGACAGGAUGGCGGCUGAUGACCAAUUUGAAGCCAGCAUCGAAAAGACGUGGACUGAUCUUAAGGAGAAAAAUCCCUUCCUUUUCAACGGCUCCAAAUUUCGUCUUCAUGGCGUAAGGAACGAAGCCGGAGAUUCAGUGUCUCUUCUGUUAGGACAGACUUGUUAUAGAGAUUAUGUUUGUACAAACAUGAAUGACAAGCACUGGCGGUUUUUAAGAGACUAUGGCAAACGUGAAUACGCCAACGAACAUGCAUGUUUUUCUGAUGCAUUGGGUGUUGGUUCUGUCGUGGAAACAAGUGACAGUAAGUUAAUUUUUAUUAGAAGAAGCCAUCAAGUUUAUGAAGAUCCAGGUCAUUUAGAUACUCCAGGAGGACACGCAGAACCCAGUGAAGUUAAAAAGACAAAUAAACAAACUGUGAACAAAAAUGUGGUUGAUAUUGAAGAUAUGGAUGGCAAGGCAGUGGUGUACGAGUUGUUUCAUUCUAUUGUGCGAGAAGUCAGAGAUGAAGUCAAUAUUCCAGAAGAAUACAUCAGUUGGCCACUUUUGACUGGAAUUUACCGCAAUCACCACACUGGACAGAAACCUGGGGCUUGUUUUAGGAUCAGAUGCUCUCUCAAAGGCGAGGAAAUCCAUGAGUUUUAUCGCAAGGGUGGACCAGAGGCUUAUGAAUCAUCCCAGCUGCUGUUGGUGGACUUAGCUGAAUUCCAGAGGGGCAUGUCGUCUUCUAAAGUCAAGGAACUGUUCAAAGAUUUCACUCCAGGAUGCAAAGCAUGUCUGUAUUUUUAUUUCAACCUACAAACCAACUUUACUGUAUGAAAAGCCCCGCGCAGCAAGUAUUCUGGAAGAUUAGCAGACACUACACUUUCAUUAUGAAGGCUAUUAGUGGGACAUGCAACACUAAAGGCGAAAUUACAAAUUUUGACAGUGAAUUUAAGAAAGACGAUCUUCCUUCCAGAUUAGUUUUAAUAUAUUUAUGAGAAAAUAAGAAACUGUUUUUAACAAAUAUAUUGAUGGCUGUUUUGAAAUUGAAAUGGAAUGUAAUGGACUUACGGAAGAUAUGUGGUUAUGGUUUGUUCUCGUCUACAAUUUUGGCAGUUUUAAGGGUCUUUUUUUUUUUUUAGUAGAAAUGGCCAGAAUUCUGUAUGAUUGUAAUUCAUUUCUAUGCAUAGGUGUUUGUCAGUCACUUGAAUGAGAAACACGAAUACUUCCGAGCAGGGAGGGCAGAACA